UCAGUUUGACAAAACCACCACUAGGAAAAAUCUAAAAAGUGUUGUGCAUUUUGUUUGUUUAAUCUUUAUUGCAAAAGAUAUCUAGAAAAAGUUUGAUGAACGUAACAAUAAUUAGUAUUUAUCGCAAUGAGCAUUGCUACUGUGUAAUCUUUCAAUACCAACAACAUUUUUGUACGAAAUUUCUAGCUCCAUUCGUUCACUAAAAAUGAGAAAAUGUUCGACCGACCGAGGUGUCGCGACUGGAGUCCUUUGUCUACCCAGCAGCUUCGUCUGCGCAGUUUGAUUCAAGUUUCCGGUCACAACAUCGUGUGCGAUCAGCCAAAAUGUUCCCUCUAUUUCACGCUGCAUACGACAACUAUGUCUGCACCGUUUUACACCAGCGACAAAAUGGAUAUCCACGCGAACGUUAUUUGGCCGGAAAUUCAUUGCCCGACAGUAAUCAAGUCAUCUCUAAGAUGUGUUUGCAUACGUGUAUGGCAGCAUAGUAAUAGCAAUCCAGAUGUAAACACAUCAGAGAAUGCAACCGUCAGUGAGGAAGAGGACAAGCAACUCUUUCUAUGGGGAAUAUAUUUUUCUGGACUGGUUCCAGUGACUAGACGUAGCGAGAAGCGCCUGAAAAAAAACACGUUGGUGUUCCAGUUACAUGAUGGAUUCUUCACUUCUGCCGACUACAUUCUAGAUAACGACGAACAUCAAGUGGUAGCUCCGAAAACACCAGGAUCUCUUACAAGCGAUGGCAAGAGAUUAGAAUUAUGUUUCGAAAAAUCUAACCUGUUCUGUGAUAAUAGUAAUAGUUCUCCUCCCGGCUGGUACGUUCCAAAUAGUCUGCUACAUGUUCAGAACAGUCGAAGCUUGCCCAAAGGGGAAACUGGCAGCUCGCAAUCAUCCUCGUCGGGGCGUUUGGUAGCAAACUCAUCAGAUCUUGCUGCUGGUCGUGUAUCUGUUAGCCCAACACCAACAGAAGCUGAGAGCAAUCUUAAAAUUCGAUACAUUUUCAUGGAAUUCUUAAAGUCAGAAAUACGAACUGGUUAUGAUGUGAAGCGUUUGCUCGCAAUACAGGAACGGCAGCGUCGAAUUAGGUAUGAAAGCGAAAGCGCUAAGGAAAUUACUGAUCGCAUCUGUAUGAAGAGUGCCUACUGUCUCAAUUUGGAUUUGUUUACCGAUAAGCAGUUAGUUUAUCGAAGUUCCUCGUCUGCUACCUACAGAAGAGGUGGUAUGGGCAAGCAGCUAAGCCGUUUGCUUUAUCAGGAACGAGAACCGCUUAAGCCGGAAAUUUUGCUGAAAGCUCAAGAGCUAAGGCGUCAGCUCGAGCUGGCCAGAUUUCGGAAUCGUAUAUUGCAGCAAGAGAAAGAUCGCAUCCGAAGUAGCAUUAGAAAACUGCAGCAAAAGCUCGGCACCAUGGCGGAUGGUAAUAUUGAGAGCGAAUCUACGCUGAUGGCUAGCUAUAGGAGCUACGGCAAGGAAAAAGAGAUUCUUUACCAACAGAAGUUGACAUACGCCAGUGAAAAGGAGAGUUAUCGAGACCUAAGGGCUAAGGUGCUAGUAGCUAGACAUCGGCUGCUUAAAGGAUUAAAUGAAAUUUAUUGUAUCAAAAAGCGUGCUAAUGGUACUUGUUCGAUUAAUGAUGUUUCGCUGCCGAAUGCCGAAUCAUACACCGACGCAACACCGUCUUUGUCAUUGAGCGUUGCGUUAGGAUAUGUUGCCCAUGCUGUGAUUAUGUGUUCUUCGACUCUAAAUAUUCCUCUCAGAAAUCCAAUCAAGUAUGAGGGUUCACGAUCCAAAAUGAUCGAUUGUAUAAAGGUUUUACCAACGGCAGAUCGAGAAUUUCCUUUAUACUGCCGCUCAGGACCACCGACAAAUGCACUGCUUUACGCAGUGUUUCUUUUGAAUCAAAAUAUUUCGCAACUAAAGUACCAUCUCUGUCUGAGUCGCGGUGAUCCACGUGCUACCUUGGCAAAUCUUCAUGAUAUCCUGAAUGUAGCGUCGAUCAAUGUACUGAGUCGCGAUAUCGAGGAACCGCUUCAAACCAUUCAACGAACAUCCCUUUCCGGCUCAUCGUCUGUAGAUCUAGACCUGCCGAACACGUUCAACCAUCUCACAGUAAACCCUCUCAAAGAAAGCAAAUCGGUUGCAAGGUAUUUACGACAUCGAAACCAAACGCUUAAUAUCACGGUCUGUGGACAACUACGGAGACAGCAAUAAAAAUGGCGAUAAACGCAACGGUAAGUUUGCUUCAGAUCCAAUGUUGUCUCGAGGACAGCUGCAACUGACUAGCUUACCAAAAACUAACGAUUUUUGAAUUGUGAGAAAAACAGAAACAGAACAGCAGUGGAGUUUUCAGGACGUAUUACUAUCAAGAAUUUAUUUAUAGGGAUUAUUUAUUCACAGACCAGAAAUCAGACUUUUCGGGGAUUAAGGUAGAAACUAUAGAGAGCUGAAAUAUAAUUACCGGAAAUUAUAAAA